AAAAAAUAUCGUCUACGAUAACUAACACGAUUUAUCGAUUGUAUUUUGCGUAGUAUCGUCUUCAUCGGUCUUGAUACAGACUCAACUUUAAUAACAAAUUAGCCGCCUGUUUCAUGAGUUGCGAAAAUAAAUGUAGCGAACCUACGAAAAAAGAUAUUGAAAUCAAUAAAUUCAAAAUUUCAUUUAUAACAGCAGAAUGAUCCAUGAUUUGAUACUUUCAUGUCUGGUAUUUACCAGAAAGGGUUUGAGUAUUAAAGGAAUUCUCGAUUCCACAGCUAUCGACCACUUUGUGCAUCCUUGUGAACGUGAAACGUUCGUUGAGAUUCUCAACAUAUUAAAAUAUUUUAAUGAAGUUGCAAGCUUCGUGCAGAAAUUUGAUAUUUCUAAAAACCCCUGCUCCUCCAUUGAAACUGAUGAAUUUUCAAAAGGAUCUUAUCUAAAAAAUUUUGCAAGUGGUGUCGGAGAUGCGCUUGAUGACCAUUAUAAUAUGAUAGCCCAACUGGAAGAGGUUUACUACAAGAGCUCCACAAAUUCGCUAAUGUACGUGUACGAUGCUUUGAGAGCACAAUUGCCCGUUGUAUUCUUCCUGCGAAAGCUCAUAAGGGAUACGCAACUUCAAAAACUGCAUGGCUGUUGUCUGCUCCAAAAUCUCUAUCAGCAAUCGAAUCACGGAGAUAUUAGUCUAGAAAGAGCUAUAAUCAAAGUCCUGACUCCAGUGAAAUUGUCGUUUGUGUCCCAUCUAGCUAACUGGCUAAUGUUUGGUAUAAUCGACGACGAACACUCUGAGUUCUUUAUCAAAUUUACACCUUGCUUCAACGAUAGCAUCAGCACUGGUGGGAAAUCGGCAGCUUCAUAUCCGGACCAAAGUAUUAGCUGCGAUGAUUAUAUUUGGCAAUAUGAAAUCAAUAUGCAGCAGCUUCCGGGAUUCAUCUCAACCAGCUUAGCGGAGAAAAUUGUAUUUGUUGGCCAAACAGUGCUUGUCUUUAAAAUGGAUCGAUCCUCUACGAACGGAAACAAGACUGACCUCUGGCAAAUGACUCUAUGUGAAUCAACCAGAGAAAAUAUCAGUGAACUUUGGAGUGGAAAACAAUACAUUUUUCAAAAAAUGGUUGAAGAGCUCGCUAACGAUGAUAAAAUCAGCGUAGUUCACUUCGAAAAAGUUGUUUAUGAUAUUAAAAAAUAUGUUAGCAUGCGGCUCUCAGAAAUUGCCAAAAAUAAGGUUAAUUUGGAGCAUCAAAUGGAGUUGAUAAAGGACUUUUACCUGUUAGGACGUGGCGAGUUCUACCUUGAGUUUCUUCGACAACUAAAUGGUGCCACGAAGGGCAAUUCUGAACUGCAUUAUAGAAAUUACACCAGAUCGUUUGAAGUGGCUGCACAUAUUAUGGGCAUGACAGACGACUUGGAGCACUUUUCUCUAAUCGUGCAAAAUAGCAAUGUCGAUUUCGACGGAUUUUGCGAAUUCGAUAUAUUUCAAAAUUUUUACUUGAAGUAUAUUUACAAAUGGCCAUUAAAUCUUCUAUUUUCGCCAAAAGUUGUUAAGCAAUAUAACAAGGUUUUCCGCUUCUUGCUGGUUUUAAGAAAGCUGCAAUACGAUUUACACCUUGUAUGGGCAAACCACACGUCCGCCGCCAAAAGGAAGCAACCAAUAAACGGAAACGUAUUGAAAAUGCGCAACUAUCUCAUGUUUUUCUUGGAUAAUCUACAAUAUUAUAUUCAAGUAGAUGUUGUAGAAAGCCAAUUCAGCAUUUUAAUGGACACUAUAAGAAGUAAAGCAGAUUUUGGAGAAAUCCAAAGGGCACACACCGUAUUUCUCGCUAAUGUCCUUUCGCAGUGCUUCUUGCUUUUUGAUGGUGUUGAGAUGAAAGUCGACAUAAAUCAGUCUACAUGUUGUUCGGACAAUUCAAUUAAUCGAAUAAUAGUUGAAAUUUUUUAUAUAUGUGGGGAGUUCAUCACCAUAAACUAUACGGAGGAUACGACAGAAAACACUUUGAAGGAUGUGGAACAACUAGAAGAAAGAUUUGAUCAAUCGAUUGCGAGCCUAAUGAAAAUGUUGGAUACAAAAUCAGCAUCAAAUUUGGGACCUCUAACACAGCUUUUAUUGAGACUAGAUUAUAACCAUUGGUUCAGUCGAAAAAGAAGUCAACAAUGAAAUUUAUAUGAGUAUAUACAUUAUCAGAUUCCCUCAGUGAGAUUUAAAAAGAAUAUUAAAAUAACGCGUGCCAUAUGGUUCAGCCUCUUUAUUCAUUUUCUAUAACAUGCUUGCACUUAAUCUAAAUAGGGCAUUAUAACUUCUUUAAUAACAAACUUGUUGGUGUGCCACGAUAGAUGAUGAACGAACGGCUUUAUAACAAAUGUUAUCUUUCCUGCAUCCUCAAGUAUUUUCAAGCCUAUAGCGUCUGUGGUGUAAAUUUCUCGUUUAUUGAACGGAAUCACAUUUAACGAUUCAUCGUAAUAGCUAAAUAGGCUAAAAGUUAAAAAUAUAAGAUAAUUUACCUUGAUGCAAUGUAACGAAUAUGAUUUUGAUAGUUAAAUACGAUCAUCAAAUGUUACUACUUGAAGUAUUUUCACAUUUAAAUAAUUCCUUUGUAUGAUCAAUUGAACAAUUAAAACAGCAUAUACUCGUAUGUAUUUACGGAUUUACCUGGA